UAUUUAUUCCUUAAAAGUGUAGACGUAGUACUGGACCUUGAGAGCGCCGUUUGCUUCUCUGUGGAAACGGCCCUUGCCGACGAAAAUGUGGCUGUGCACCCACGUCUCCUUGGACGCGUUACCGUCGAGCUCGAACCGAGGCUGGCACGUGACGUAGCCGUCCGCAAAACUGAUGUUGGUGGUCUCCUUGCCGAGCACCCUGUUUGUCUCUCCCUCGAACCUCACCACGCCAAGGUACUGGACAAUGCCCUUGUUGUUGUUUCCCAGAUCCAGGUACAAGGUGCAGUCGAGAUUGCCGACCGAAGGAGCCGUCUCGUAGCCGCUGAUGUUGUCGAAGCCGCUGAUGACCUUGGCAUCGAAGGGCAGCGUGGGAUCGAGUGACUUGAUGGUGCCCCCAAGAACGUCCACCUUGGUGUACGCUCUGGCCUUGUUCUUGAAGAUAGGCUGUGCCUCUGCGAUGUCGAGGUCGAAGAACAAAACUGGUUUCAAAGCUGGAACGUCGGCUUUUGGCAAUGACAUGUUUUAAUUUCGGGAGGGCUACGUGCCAGCUUUUAUAUAAUGUGCUCCGCUCGGAACUGCAAAAUUAUUUGACGCACCCGCUUGUGCAUUUUUUAUCUUGCCACAUUAGAUGAACAUCGACACGAACUCGCCCGAAUUCAAAGAGGCCCAGCAUCGUGCCAUUGAGUUUUACGACGCGGAGCACGAGCUGACUGUCGACGAGCGACACCAAUUGCAGCGCUUCUUCCAGAAAACCGCGUUCUUCGUUAUGGGAUGCUCCACAUUGGGUCUCCUGGCGGGCAUGGGUCUGCCGGCCUACUUCCGCAAGGGGAACAAGAUUAAUGCCAUGCGUGUGGGAUGGGGAGGCGUGCUGGGCAGCAUGGCCGCCACCUGGAUUGGCGCGCCAGCACUCUACCGGCGAGAAGUGCAGAAGGCCAAGGACGACUACGGCUCAGAGUCCAAAAUCUACAACGUUAUUCAACAUACACCGCACGGAGUGUUUCGGAGCUAUUUCUGGUCUUCCUACUUUGCAGAGACUGCCAAACACCCCGAAUUGCGGAUCAAGGAUCCGCGAGAAGUCCAGAGCCGGCUAGCCGACCAGGGCGAUGAGAACUCUGCCUGGGCCAAGCUCAGACACGGCGAAACCGACACCAAGCAGCCGGCCGCAGUCUACACAGAAACAACCUCUCCCGACUCGCCGUUCGACGCCGAUCCCCUGGCGGACCCAUCUCCGCAAUCGCAGCCAGCUCGUCCUGCCUCCGCCUGGGAAAGAGUCCGCAAUGCCAAUAAGUAGCAUUUCUCGGCUGUGCAGCUAUUUAAAUAUCUCGUCCUGUAAAUAUUCUCUUAUGUUUUCCCGAACUGGUCUCUUUAGCCACUUCCCAGGCGCCUUGAAGGCAUCUGUCCCCACGCGAGCAGCAUCUCAAUUCCGACGGGCUAGCUCUCGAUCGUCGUUCCGCAAGGCCCGACAGGCCCGUCUCAUUCCCAACACAGCCCUCGUUCUGGCCGUCGGCCUGGGUCUCUACUCGCUGGAUGCCCGAUCUGCCAUCAACGAGUACGUGUGGUGCCCACUGAUUCGGCUGCUCACUGACGCAGAAACAGGCCACAGAUUCGGCGUUUUCAUGCUCAAAUACGGCCUUUCUCCCAGACUGUUGGCUGACGUCGACGACCCGGUGCUGCAGGUGCAGGUCUUCGGUAAAACUCUCUCCAACCCUGUGGGGAUGGCCGCGGGAUUUGACAAGGAAGGCGAAGCCAUUGAUCCGCUGCUUGACCUUGGUUUCUCGUACGUCGAGAUCGGCUCGGUCACCCCAUUUCCUCAGCCGGGUAACCCUGCCCCUCGGUUUUUCAGGCUGGGCAAGGACGACGCGGUGAUCAACAGAUACGGGUUCAAUUCUUCGGGUCACUGGUCUGUGCUUGGCAGACUGCGCCAGCGCUAUGAGAAGCUGUUUGCGAAAAACCCAAGCUGCGCCAACAACUCGUUUAGAGACAACAAGUUGCUGGGCGUCAAUCUCGGCAAGAACAAGACGGGCGACGAGGUUCAGGACUAUGUGACUGGCGUGCAGCGGUUUGGCGAGUACGCGGACGUGCUGGUGAUCAACGUGUCGUCGCCGAAUACGCCAGGUUUGCGUGAUUUGCAGAACGAGGCAAAAUUGACCAAUUUGCUCACUCAGGUGGUUGCAGAAAGAAACAUGCUACCUGGAAAAAUCACGGACAGAGCUACCAAACCUCCCGUGUUGGUGAAAAUCGCACCAGACCUGACAGAGCCGGAAAUCGAGUCCAUUGCCAAGGCUGCGAAGCAGGCCAAGGUUGAUGGGAUUAUUAUGUCGAACACCACGAUCCAGAGACCCAAGGACAAAAUGCUCACCACCGACGAGACCCUCGUCAACCAGGCUGGUGGAUUGUCUGGUAAACCAUUAAAAGAGAUCUCAUUGAAGGCGUUUAGACUGCUUAGAAAGCAUACAAAGGACAGUGACCUCGUUCUCGUUGGAUGUGGAGGAAUCAGCUCUGGAAAAGACGCACUGGAUUUUGCCAGAGCAGGGGCCACUUUUGUCCAAUUAUACACUGCCUUUGCCUACAAGGGCCCGGGCCUUGCCAGAAAGAUCAAAGAUGAGAUCACCGAAGAGCUGAAAAGAGAAAACAAGACCUGGAUGCAAGUAGUUGGCGAGGACGAUAAAUAGACAUUAAUAAUUUUUAAAAUUCG